AUUUUCUCUUUCUCUUGAGCAAGUCACGGCUUGUUCGUCAAGAAAACAGAGCAAUAUAUAAUAAACUCACAUUAGUCUUUGCUUUUUGUAGUCUUUACAAACUUCACUUACAAUUAUAUACAUAAACAAAAUAGAUAUAAGUAGGAAGCAGAGAGAUCUCUGCACAAUUUUCAACAGCUUAUACGGCAGACAACAAGGAGUCGCUAAACGGCCUUUUCACUUUUCAGCUUCUUCUUGUUCCUGUUCCAGGAUCAUAAGGAAUCAGUGAAAAAUCUAAUGGCGUCCGAGAACGGCUUCAACGGAGAUGUACAUAUAGUAGAAGAGGUUUCUGAGACCAAGAGAAGCAGAGAAGAAGAGGGAGAGAAAGAAGUGAAGAAAACAGAGAAGAACGACGAAGAUCAUGAGAAAACAAAAACGGUGCCGUUUUACAAGCUCUUUGCUUUUGCAGAUUCCUUGGAUUUCCUCUUGAUGAUCCUCGGGACGCUUGGAUCUAUUGGAAAUGGUCUCGGCUUCCCUAUUAUGACCGUACUGUUCGGAGAUCUAGUAGAUGCUUUUGGACAGAAUCAGGCUAAUUCAAAUGUUACCGACAAAGUUUCCAAAGUAGCUCUGAAGUUUGUAUGGCUUGGAAUCGGUACUUUUGCGGCUGCUUUUCUCCAAUUGUCUGGUUGGAUGAUUUCUGGAGAGAGACAAGCAGCAAGAAUAAGAAGUAUGUAUCUAAAGACAAUAUUAAGACAAGACAUCGCCUUUUUCGACGUAGAUACAAAUACCGGAGAAGUCGUUGGAAGAAUGUCUGGUGACACUGUGCUAAUCCAAGAUGCCAUGGGAGAGAAGGUGGGGAAAGCUAUACAACUUUUAUCAACUUUUGUUGGAGGCUUUGUGAUAGCUUUCAUAAGAGGAUGGCUUUUAACAUUAGUUAUGUUAUCUUCAAUUCCUCUUCUUGUAAUUGCGGGUGCUGGUCUGGCCAUCGUCAUUGCUAGAACAGCCUCUCAUGGACAAACCGCUUAUGCCAAAGCUGCCAUUGUCGUUGAGCAAACAAUUGGUUCCAUACGAACGGUUGCUUCUUUUACGGGAGAGAGACAAGCGAUAAGCAAUUACAAUAAACAUCUUGUAACAGCUUAUAAAGCAGGAGUCAUUGAAGGUGGUUCAACUGGAUUGGGACUUGGAACGCUCUUUCUCGUAGUCUUCUGUAGCUACGCUUUAGCGGUUUGGUAUGGAGGAAAGUUGAUUCUAGACAAAGGUUACACAGGAGGACAAGUCCUCAAUAUCAUCAUCUCUGUUUUAACUGGAUCCAUGUCGUUAGGUCAAGCAUCUCCUUGCUUAAGCGCGUUUGCAGCUGGACAAGCUGCGGCUUACAAGAUGUUUGAGACAAUAGAGAGAAGACCUGACAUUGACUCUUAUAGUACAAAUGGUAAAGUGUUGGAUGACAUCAAAGGAGAUAUUGAGCUUAAAGAUGUCUACUUUACUUACCCAGCGAGACCAGAUGAGCAAAUAUUUCGUGGAUUUUCACUGUUUAUCUCGAGUGGAACAACCGUGGCUUUGGUUGGACAGAGCGGGAGCGGGAAAUCUACUGUUGUGAGUCUGAUCGAGCGGUUUUACGAUCCACAAGCCGGCGAGGUUCUCAUAGAUGGGAUUAACCUAAAAGAGUUUCAGCUAAAAUGGAUCAGAAGCAAGAUUGGACUUGUGAGUCAAGAACCGGUUUUGUUCACUUCAAGCAUCAAGGACAACAUAGCGUACGGUAAAGAAGACGCUACAAUCGAAGAGAUUAAAGCGGCUGCGGAGCUUGCAAAUGCGUCAAAGUUUGUGGACAAGCUUCCUCAGGGUUUGGACACAAUGGUUGGAGAACACGGUACUCAGCUUUCAGGUGGACAGAAACAGAGAAUCGCAGUGGCUAGAGCGAUUUUAAAAGAUCCAAGAAUCUUGCUUUUGGACGAAGCUACAAGCGCGCUUGAUGCAGAAUCUGAGAGAGUGGUUCAAGAAGCGCUUGAUAGAAUCAUGGUUAACCGUACUACAGUUGUGGUUGCUCAUCGGUUAAGCACUGUGAGAAAUGCUGAUAUGAUCUCUGUCAUUCACCAAGGAAAGAUCGUAGAGAAAGGUUCUCACAGUGAACUACUGAAGGACCCGGAAGGAGCUUAUUCUCAACUAAUCCGUCUACAAGAAGAGAAGAGAUCCGAUGAGAAUCCUGAGGAUGAGCAAAAGAUGUCAUCAAUUGAAUCAUUCAAACAAUCAAGUCUGAGAAAAUCAUCUCUAGGCCGGUCUCUAAGCAAAGGAGGAUCAUCCAGAGGAAACAGCAGCCGCCAUUCUUUCAAUAUGUUUGGUUUUCCAGCAGGGAUUGAAGGGAACGACGUAGCUCAAGAUCAAGAAGAGGUUCCGAAAACCAAACAAAAGAAAGUGUCGAUUCGCAGGAUCGCUGCUCUAAACAAACCAGAGAUUCCGGUCCUUAUACUCGGAGCUAUAUCCGCAGCAGCAAAUGGAGUCAUACUUCCUAUCUUCGGAAUACUAAUCGCAAGCGUUAUCAAAGCGUUUUUCAAACCGCCUAAAGAGCUAAAAGAAGACACGAGCUUUUGGGCAAUCAUAUUCAUGGUUCUUGGUUUUGCCUCCGUCAUCGCGUACCCGGCGCAAACUUUCUUCUUCGCCAUAGCUGGAUGUAAACUGGUGCAGAGGAUAAGAAGUAUGUGUUUUGAGAAAGUGGUUCACAUGGAAGUCGGAUGGUUCGAUGAGCCAGAGAACUCGAGCGGAACCAUAGGAGCAAGGCUAUCAGCAGAUGCAGCAGCGAUCCGUGGUCUAGUGGGAGAUGCUUUGGCUCAGAUGGUUCAGAAUCUGUCGUCUAUAUUGGCUGGUCUCAUCAUUGCCUUCUUGGCUUGCUGGCAGUUAGCUUUCGUCGUCCUCGCGAUGCUUCCGCUUAUUGCACUCAAUGGAUUUCUAUAUAUGAAGUUCAUGACAGGUUUCAGCGCAGAUGCAAAGAAAAUGUACGGGGAAGCUAGCCAGGUAGCGAAUGAUGCGGUUGGGAGCAUAAGAACCGUUGCGUCGUUCUGCGCAGAAGACAAAGUGAUGAACAUGUACACAAAGAAAUGUGAAGGUCCUCUGAAGACAGGGAUUCGUCAAGGCAUAGUCAGUGGUAUUGGUUUCGGUUUUUCUUUCUUCGUCCUCUUCGCUUCUUACGCCACCAGUUUCUAUGUGGGCGCACGGCUUGUCGACGACGGCAAAACAAACUUCGACUCUGUUUUCAAGGUUUUCUUUGCUUUGACAAUGGCGGCUAUUGCUAUCUCUCAAUCGAGUUCAUUAUCCCCUGAUUCCAGCAAAGCCGAUAUAGCUGCUGCCUCGAUUUUCGCGAUUAUGGACAGGGAAUCGAAGAUUGACCCAAGUGUGGAAUCAGGAAGAGUGUUGGAUAACGUUAAAGGAGACAUUGAGCUUCGUCAUGUCAGUUUCAAAUACCCAGCAAGACCAGAUGUUCAAAUCUUUCAGGAUCUCUGUCUAAGUAUUCGAGCAGGAAAGACGGUUGCUUUGGUCGGAGAAAGCGGGAGCGGGAAAUCAACGGUGAUUGCUUUGCUACAGAGGUUUUACGAUCCAGAUUCAGGUGAGAUCACUCUGGACGGAGUGGAGAUAAAGAGCCUGCGACUAAAAUGGCUAAGACAACAAACGGGACUCGUGAGCCAAGAACCGAUCUUGUUCAACGAAACGAUCAGAGCCAACAUUGCUUACGGAAAAGGAGGAGACGCGAGUGAAUCCGAAAUCGUAUCUGCAGCUGAACUAUCAAACGCCCAUGGAUUCAUCAGUGGUCUACAGCAGGGUUACGAUACGAUGGUGGGAGAAAGAGGAAUCCAGUUAUCGGGCGGGCAAAAGCAGCGAGUGGCCAUAGCGAGAGCCAUCGUCAAGGAUCCCAAAGUGUUGCUACUCGACGAAGCAACGAGUGCUCUUGACGCUGAGUCUGAGCGCGUGGUACAGGACGCGCUUGACCGGGUUAUGGUAAACCGGACAACGAUUGUGGUAGCUCACCGGUUAUCGACGAUUAAGAACGCUGACGUAAUCGCUGUCGUUAAGAACGGAGUCAUCGUCGAGAAGGGGAAGCACGAGACUUUGAUUAAUAUCACUGACGGAGUUUAUGCUUCGUUAGUUCAGCUUCAUCUGAGUGCCGCUUCUUAAAUAUUUUUUUAUCUUUAUAUCCCUUCACUUUUUUUUAGGGUCAAUUAUGCCCGUUUAUAUCCCUUUAUUGUUGUUCGUUGUCUUUCCAUUUUCAGCAUUUCUCAGAAAUCCUUCCCUUCCCUUUUACUAUUGGUGGAAUAUAUCAACGACAGUGUGUAGAUAUUCAAAUUCGGGACUGGAUGGUCAUUACGUUUACAUAUAUUUCAGUUGACUUCCUUC